AUGCUUUUACCUUUCAUUUCUUAAUUGUUUUUAGAUGUCAUCUUAAGACUUCUAGGAAUACUCUAUCACUUUCUGGAAUAUUAAAUUAAUCUUCAAUUCCAAUCAUUUCGCCUCCCCCUUUAAAAGAUGUAUAAGAAAGAAUUAAAUUCACCCUCAUAUUAGGAACACCAAGAUCGAAAUCAUCUGUAGGUUUAAUCAUUGGAUCUCACCAAAGGAAAAUUUCCCAAUGAUAAUCAAUUAAUACCCUCAGAAAAGUAAAAAAAAGAAAUGGUAAUUUGUUCAUCUGUAAAUAAAGCUUAUUAUAGUUUUAAUAUUAAUCCAGACCUUGAUAAAUGUAAUAACUUUGUAUUUAUGAAUGAUAGUAACUACCCUGACCAGAUAAAAAAUUCGAUAGUUUAGUAAGUUCAAAUCUAACAGUCACUAAAGAUUGUUUUAGAGAUGAUUAGUACAGAUACAGAGAAAAUGUUUCUGCAAUUUAAUUGAUACAUCUAGAGUCAAUUAAUAUACGUUUAAUAAAGCAAAUGGAAAAUUUAUAUAUGAUGUUGUUGUGUUGAAGAUUUAAGCACUGCUAAUGGAUACUCAGAUAAACUAAAUAUAGAAGCUUGUCUUGUUCAAAAUGAUAUUUGUAAUAAUAAAACUUGCUUAUAAUAUGAUUUAACUGGAUAUACUAAUAUUAAAGACAAUGAUAAAUUUUCCUAUUCUAUUAAAGUAUGUUCAUAUGAUGUGUAUACAGUCUUAAAAAAUGAAAUUUGUUAAAGCAACUACUAAAGAACAAUUUAUUAAUAGUUUUUUACAAUUUGGAAUUGAUUAAUAUACAUGUUAAAAAAAAAACUGUGUUGUAUUUUGUCAAUAUUAUUCAGUUAAUAAGUAAUGUCUCUCAGUAACAAGAAAUAAAUUAAGUAGUAUGACUAUUUAUGAUCUUACUUUUAAUUGGGCAGCUUAUAUACAGAUAAGUUUUAAAUGUUAAUUCUAAGAUAAUUAAUGCUAAUCUUUUUCAGUUGUUACAUUAUGGGAAGAUUUAUAAAAUUCAUUAGGCUAUACUAAUUCCCUUCUCUAAUAUAGCAUGCAUAUGGAAUACAAAAAUUAAAAUUAGUAACUUGUCUCAAGAUCAAUUAAAAUCUGUUCACAACCUGAUUUGAAUAAAAUAGGAGGUAAUUUUAAUACUUUAUGAUAAAUGUGCAUUUAUUUAGAUAGUUAUUGCACUUAUAAUUAUGAAAAUGUUGAUAUAUAGAGAUAAAUAAUUUCUAUUAGAACCAAAGUGAAAUAUUGUAAAUUUGAUUCAUUUUUAGGUUUUAUUGAUAUAACUUCAGCUUAGACUGCUUGA